GGCCUAGCGCAGGAUAGGCUACAUGGAAGUGCAGUCAGUUGUGUUGCACCUGCCCUUAAUGUUUAAUUUAGAGUUGCACAGCCUACAAUGUUCUCGUCGUUGGCACCGCGAAGAAGUAUGGAUAUUCGCAACUACAUGAUUGGAACCUGUGACUCGGGUGACUGCAAGUUAGCUAAAGAUUACGACUCCAUCAACAAGCAACUAUGGAGGGAUCUUUGCAGCAUCCCUCUUCCUACGCCGCGAAUCUUAGGGCUGAACUUCCUCCCUGAUGCAGGGAACCAAACGUUCAUCUACUUAGUUGGUCUAGAGGAGAUUGUGCAGGAGCGCUUGAAAGAGACGCAGUGUCCCUAUCCUAAGCAAAGAAAACAUAAAUGUAAAGGUGCUUUGAGGAAAGAGACAGGUCCCCCUUACAAGUACCCAAAUACCUGUAAUCAGUGCUCAACUGAUUUCACCUGUUGUUGGUGGUGUGUGAUGAGCACAGACACGGCUGAAGUCCUGGUGUGUGACCAGUGCAAGAGCUCCAAUGACAAGAAGGCCAUAACGCAGGCCCACACGGCUAAGAUGGAAGAGGCCUUUCGCUCAUGCCAAGCAGAUGAAGCUGGAGGCCAAGCAGCGGGCCCUGCAGGAUCGGCCACUGGCGUCUCAGCCCAAAGCCAACCCACAGGCCAUGCAGCUAGCGCAUCACGGUCAGAGGAUAUAGAUCAGUGUGCACAGUAAAAAUAAAUACUCUGAACAUGUAUAUAGUUUCUUACAGUUAAGCCACCUUCACUAUGCAAAAAAAGGUUUAGAAAGAAUGUAUAACUUGCUCAUGUCGAGAUAUUUUUGAUGAUGUUCUACUGUUAAGAUGUCUGGAAAUGAAGCCACUUUGUUAUUAUAUGUUGCAUUCCCAUAGAAAGAUGAAGCUAUUAGAUUAAUUUGUAAGAUUAUUAUCUAUUCGAUCAAUUUGUAAGAUGAUUCAUUCCUGUCUGAGUUUAGACAUGACAGACAGGGAAUUACAACUGUAAUCCUGGCUCUUUUGGCGUAUUGCAUAUUACUAUUUGUAUUAUGAAGACUAAUAAAACAACACUUAGAAAAUCACUUACUACUUGAAGACAGAGGAUAGAACAAUUUUCAAAAAAUGUAGGCCUAUAAGCUGAGUUUUGUUGAUGUUCUUGAGCUAUAAAAAUGUUUUAUUAAAUAUUUUUGGCCUUCA